AUGAAGUCCGCGAGAGAAUUUUGCUCGCCACAGACCGAGAGAGAUGUUGUCCAGGUGCGGGGCGACCUUGGGCCGACAGUCGGCGGGUCUACUCACGUGGCGGCGAGUCCAUCUCCUGUUCCCUCGCGCACGGCUCCUCGAAGGAUGGACGGAUCGUCGGAGCGUGCAGCGGAAUUGUCGGCGGGUAAAGACGAGGAGGCUCGGCUUCGCGCGCUGAGGAUGCGCUCGCUGGCGCCGAAGACUUCCGGCAGGGACUACGCCCAGCACCUGCGGCAGAUCGGGCGCGAGGAGGCUACGUCGAAGAACGACGUCUUCGUGCACAAGAUCCUGCCUGGCCUGCGAUACUUCUUCCAGAAGCACCAUCACCUAAACAUCAGUAAGACCUACGUGAUCCCGGACGAUCCCGGCGUGCCCGAGGCCAUCCGGGGCUUCAACCUUGGGAAGAGGGUGGACAACAUCAGGACUCGCGGCGACUUUGUGCGCCACAACGCCGAGUACCUGGAGAUGCUGCAGAGCGUGGGAGGGGAGACGGAGGCGGAGAGGUUCGUGUGGAGGUCGAAGGACUGGAUAUUUUACCACCAGAUCAUGGCCACCCUGAGGUUCUUCAAGCGAAGGCACGGCCAUCUGCUGGUACCAAGGCACUACGUGUGCCCGCCAGACCCGGAGCUCGCGCGGUUCAAUUGGGGCUUCACCCUCGGGUCCGUCGUGCACGACAUGAGGGAUAAAAACAAGGGGUUCUACCUCGAUCAGGAGCCCGAGCGCGCCAAGGCACUGGCAGAUAUUGAUUUUCCGUGGGAGCUCAAGUCGGCGCACACGUGGCAAAUCAGAGAUGUGCCAGCGCUCGCGUGGUUCAGGCGGCAACACGGGCACCUCGCGGUGCCGACAGAUUACGUGUGCCCGACGGGUAGGGGAGCGCUGGCGAGCGGCCUGCCGAAAAUCGCGCUCGGAAUGCACCUCGGUAGGUACGCGGCUCGGCUUCGUCAGCGGGGCACCACAUCGCCUCUGGAUGAGCUCAAGGUGAAGCAGCUCAACGAAUUGGGCUUCGCGUGGAGCCUGCCAGAUCACUUCGUCAGGAGGACACUCGCGCCUGUGGUCACCUUUUACGUGGCAAAGUACGGGCACCUUUCGCCGCCGCUGACUUACACGGUGCCGUGGGGAAUAAAGGACGUGCCGAGGUGGGCGUGGGGAAUGAACCUGCACGACAGGAUAUAUUCCCUGAACAGGAGAUCAGGGAACAGAUGGGCCGGGGAGAACGGAUCGAGGGAGGAGAGACAGGCGCGGGUGGCACUGAUCGAGUCGACGGUGCGACUCGCGAGAGACAAACACAGCGAUGAGGGCUUCUAG